GGCGUGAAUCCUAGUGAGAGGUCUAGCUGCAUGGAUGUUUUUUGUGAAUUUCCCCGAAUAUGACCUAAAUACUACCAGUUUUCCUAGAAAAGUUCUCCACGAAGAUAUGCUUCCGUUUUGCUGAGUAAAACUCCUUAAUCCUGUGCUUUGAAAUUCUCGGUUGCUCAUUUCAGUUAUUUCAAUUCAACUGAUUUUAAGCAUGUGAUAGACUUAGUCUUUUCAAAAGAUGAUUUUAUACUAUCCCGUUUACAUAAGCUAUCAAUUAAAAAGUUUUUCCCGAAAAUUUCACAGUGAAAAAUCUUCGUCUGAUAAACUAUGGAAAUUCUGGGAUCGGAUUUUUAAACAGUUAUUAGAUCAGUUCAAGAAAUUUUUCUGCAUUAAAAAUGACUCAAAGGAGGAAGAAGAUAGCCCUGUAAUGCAAUUUGAGCUUCAGAAACGAAUCUCAGAUGAAGUCUAUGCUUAUAUAGACACAAACGCUGAAAAUAUGCGCUACUGUUCCAGAGAACCGCAACCGAAUUUACAUGAUGAAAUUCAUAAAAAGAUAAUAGCACGAUUUUUCAGCUAUUCUUUGAAUCCAGAAAGCUAUGUGUGUUCUCAAGAGCCGGAGCUGGACGCAGUGUUAGGUACAUCUACGGUAAAUCAACGGUCAGCCGAAAAAAAACGUGAUACAGCAAUCUUUAAUUACGAGGUGCUUUCUUCUUUUGCUACAUCGCCGGUGAGUUCCUCUGCAGUAUUAGUGCCGGUGAUAGUCAAACGGCAAAGUAGCCCACGAAGUUCCGCUGAAUUUCCGAUGAUGAAAAUAACAUAAGUAGAAACAUGGAAGGAUUCUCAGGACGAAUCGAGAGAAUAAAGUCUUCUUCGUGUUUAUUUGACGUGACCCGUGAUAAUAUGAUUUCACAGAAAUAGUAUUUAUUAUAUUCUAAAUUUAACGUACUUUUUAGAAAGAUAGAGCCAUUUCAGGAAUUUGACAGUGUUGAUCAUUAUAGAUAAAUUUAAUGAGCAAUAUGCAAUAUGAUAUACACAUGCAAUUUUGACACUAAUAUCAGCAAAGUUUGCUUAAAGUAAUACCAUUUUACAAGUUCAGCAUAUUGUUGUUGCUUACAGUUGGUAACGUAACACAUUAUAUUCUAGUUUUAUUGCAAGGUAUAUUUAUUGUAACCUCACUUUUUAUUUCUCAUCACACUUUAUUUAUAUUUGUGUACAUUUUAAAAUAAAAUUAU